AACUGUUGAAUUGGUGAAGACAGGCUGGCUUUGAGGUGUUGAUGGAUCAUGGACCAGUUAAGGCACAUACUGUAUGCUUGAAUAUUCAGCUCGGAGUGGAAGCCGCUCGUCAAAGACGUUUAAACCGAAGAAGAACAUUCCCGAGGGCUCGCACCAGUACGAGCUCCUGAAGCAUGCAGAGGCCACUCUCGGCAGCGGGAACCUGCGCAUGGCUGUCAUGCUGCCCGAUGGAGAAGAUCUCAAUGAAUGGGUGGCAGUCAACACUGUGGACUUCUUUAACCAGAUCAACAUGUUGUAUGGGACCAUCACAGACUUCUGCACUGAGGAAAGCUGCCCACUAAUGUCUGCUGGCCCUAAGUAUGAAUAUCACUGGGCUGAUGGAACCAACAUAAAAAAACCAAUAAAAUGUUCAGCUCCAAAAUACAUUGAUUACUUGAUGACUUGGGUCCAAGACCAACUUGAUGAUGAGACACUUUUCCCUUCAAAAAUAGGUGUCCCCUUCCCAAAGAACUUCAUGUCGGUGGCCAAGACCAUUUUGAAGAGACUCUUCCGUGUUUACGCUCACAUCUACCACCAGCACUUUGACUCUGUUAUCCAGCUGCAGGAGGAGGCGCACCUCAACACCUCUUUCAAGCACUUUAUCUUCUUUGUUCAGGAGUUUAAUUUGAUUGAUCGGAAAGAACUAGCACCCCUUCAGGAGCUGAUUGAGAAGCUCACAUCUAAGGACAGAUAAAUCUGUUCUUUCUAUCAGCAACUUCUCUAGUUUCUGUGUACAGGCAGCCUGGCUUUGUUCUCUCUGUGUUUGACGGGUGUGUGGGAAUGUUUUCCUUUGAGAGGUAGGAAAAGGCGGACUCCAAAAAAGACCUUGAUAAGCCACAGCUCAACUAUAGGGUCAAGGUUAAAGUGGAAUUAUACUGCUGUCCCUUUGACGUCGUCUCAAACACGAUCUAAGUGCCUGAUACGUCCACUUUCAAAAUUGCUAGCGUUUGUAUAAAAAGCACUACCAUUGCUAUGAAACUUGCUUUUGACUUUAUUUUAGGAGUACAUAGUAAUUAGUGGUUUGUUAGUUUUUUUUUUCUCUUAAUGGAUUUAUUUAGAAGUUCAUAGAUUUAAAAAUACAGAAUGAAGCAUUCAUAUAGAUUUUUCACGGAGAUGAAGAUAAAUAUUUAAGUCUUAGCUUCUCUUAAGUGCUCAUUUUAACUGCUCCCUGUGUCUAAUGACGUAUUUGGGACUUCCGUUAUCAGUUUCCGUAGUAGUUGAAUUGAGAUUUUAUCCAGCCCUCAGUGAAUCUUUCCUUAUUGUUACACAUUUCCCUUAUUAACGAAGAACACUGGGCCCUCAGUUGGCCCGCCAAUGCUUUUAUACCACUACAUUACUUUUGAAUAAGUAGGCUACUUGUUGAGCCAGUUUUACAGAUUCACUCCCAGAGGUCAGGGGUUUGUCUGUUGGAAGCUGGGAUGAAUGAACUGACUAUGCAAGAUCAGUAUGUACUAUUUAAUCAAAUUUUCUCGUAAAUGCACCUUUUACAUUAUUUUGCAGAUUCUGUUCACAGAUGUGGACACUAUACACCUUUAAAAAAAAGUAUCUUUUUAAUGUGAAGGAUACAUUUUUCAAUCUUAAUUUUUACUCCUCCCAGUCUGUAUUAGUGUUUCAAAGAUCCAGAUGAAAAAAAGUCUUUAAAUUAAAACAAGAUAAAUUAUGAGGUGGUUUGCAAAAUUUGAAAACAUUUUAUGAUGCAAGUUUAAUAACACACAACAGUAUUGCUGACAAGAUAGUUGGUGGUCCUUACUAUAAUUUAAGCAGUGCAUACAUUUUGAUCUUAAUGAAGUUUCACCCCAUGAAUGUUUAUUUUUGUGAAUGUUACAGAAAAUGUGUUGCUCUGAAUAACACACAGCUAAAAUGUUCCUCAGAGAUUUUCACAUCACUUCAUUUUAGAACAGAAUGAGAUUGAUUAUAGACAAAUGUGAUAAACAUGUUGAUGGCAAGUUGUAAAUACUGUAAACAGAAAAGGUAUGCAAUUGGAAUAACAUGAGAUGUCACUUGCUGAACUUUUGUGGUACAAUGCUGAAUACUGUUUAUAGGGAAAUAAACCUGUUUGAACAAAA